GAAAGUGGAAUAAAAGAUGUCUCCAUGUUCUGGCAAUUUGACAGUAAUUGACUUUAUCUGUCAUUUUAUUUCAGUUUGCUCAUACUCACAUUCGUUCGUUUCGUCUGCUACAGAAAAUUUCUGCCAAAAUGAUGUCCACAAGCGCUCUUCUUAAAGUCUUGCGUCCCGCAGUUUGUGCUUCACGAAACUUCGGUGUCUGCAGCCCUGCUUUGAACAAAGCUACAGAUCCAAUUCAGAAAUUGUUCCUUGAAAAGAUCCAGGAAUACAGAAGCAAGAGCAGCGGUGGAAAAAUGGUUGACUCCAAUGCUGACAUUGAACGUGAAUUGAAAAACGAAUUGGAGCGAGUUGCCAAACAAUUCGAUGGUGGUGCUGGAGUUGACAUGACACAGUUCCCAGCAUUCAAAUUUGAAGAUCCUCAAAUUGAUUCAAUUACAACAACUAAUUAAUAAGACACCAAAGUUUGUGAAGAUGAAAAAAUUACCACAAAUAUAAUUCGAAAUGAAAAAUGAGAUAAAAACGA